AUGGAACCCCAAGAGUCAGGAACUCUCGACAGUAUAUUGUGCACAGAAAUGACAGAAGCAGUUCGCCCCUGCAAAGUCUGGAACUUCGAUCGCAGCGUGAAAAAAUCUGUAACGGCUUCUACUUUACAAGAGUUAAUUGAGAAAGGAUGCUCCAAGUUGGCUUUGAACCCAACCUCACGGCUACGGGUGGUUCUAGAAGAAGAUGGGACAGAGGUCGAUGAAGAGGAAUAUUUUUCUUUACUUCCCAUGAACACUACCUUCUUGUUUCUUCAAAAUAAUGAACAGUGGCAGCCAGGAGGAGGAGGAGACUCCAGAGAUGAGCCUGAUACUUCAGUUACUACUGGUCUAGAGAAGGAUGAUCUCACAAGUUUGAUUGCUAGUCUGAAGUGUGACCUUGCAAACAUCAUGACCUUCUCUUUGGAACAACUUCAGCAACUGGUCGACCAUGACACGUCAAAGCUGGCGGAAUUAAUGGGCCAAGCGGAGCGGUACACCCGGGCGGUACAGGCCGCUUGCCAGCGCCAUCUUGAUGAACACGCUCAGACUAAUGAGGUUGCCGACCUUCUCAAGUUGUACCAUCGGGCCAGAUCUUCCAGUGGCAGUCCGAUGGAGAAGAAGCGGAAAGUAGAUCAGAGUUUGUGA